AAAAGCACACCCACCUUCCAAAGCUCACUCUCCCAUUUCCAUCCCUUCGGAGAGAGAGAGAGAGAGAGAUAAUGGGUUUCGGCCUUCGAGCUCUCCGAGCUUCCAAAACCCUCUACUCAUCUUCUAGAAUCUUCUCUUUCCAAAACCCUAACUCUAUCUUCCUCCGCUCCAUCUCCUCCACCCCCGACCUCCAAAUCCCAGAUUCCUCCGCCGCAGAGGCCGCAGAUCCCGCCCCUCUCCCACCGCCGCCCAAGCCCCCCGUCGCCGGCGCUCGGUUCCACUUACCGACCCCUGACGAUGCCAUCGAGGUCACCGUCGAUGGAUUCCCCGUCAAGAUCCCCAAGGGCUUCACCGUCCUUCAGGCCUGCGAGGUCGCCGGCGUCGACAUCCCCCGCUUCUGCUACCACUCCCGCCUCUCCAUUGCCGGCAACUGCCGCAUGUGCCUCGUUGAGGUUGAGAAAUCCCCCAAGCCUGUCGCGUCCUGCGCCAUGCCCGCACUUCCCGGCAUGAAAAUCAAGACUGAUACGCCAAUAGCUAAGAAGGCGAGGGAAGGUGUGAUGGAGUUCCUAUUGAUGAACCAUCCACUGGAUUGCCCAAUAUGCGAUCAGGGCGGGGAGUGCGAUCUGCAGGACCAGUCAAUGGCAUUCGGAUCGGACCGUGGGAGGUUUACAGAGAUGAAGAGGUCGGUUGUGGAUAAGAAUCUGGGGCCAUUGGUGAAGACGGUUAUGACUCGUUGUAUCCAAUGCACAAGGUGUGUCAGGUUUGCUACUGAGGUUGCUGGGGUGCAGGACCUUGGAAUGUUAGGUCGUGGCAGUGGAGAGGAAAUUGGCACAUAUGUUGAGAAACUUAUGACAAGUGAACUUUCUGGAAAUGUGAUCGAUAUCUGUCCCGUCGGAGCUCUCACAUCAAAACCUUUUGCAUUCAAAGCAAGAAACUGGGAGUUGAAGGGUACGGAGACCAUUGAUGUUACGGAUGCUGUUGGAUCAAACAUAAGAAUUGAUAGUCGGGGUCCAGAAGUUAUGCGCAUCCUUCCACGGUUGAAUGAGGAGAUUAACGAGGAGUGGAUAUCAGACAAAACACGUUUCUUUUAUGACGGCCUCAAGAGACAGAGGUUAAAUGACCCAAUGAUUCGAGGUCCUGAUGGACGAUUUAAGGCUGUUAGCUGGCGUGACGCCCUUGCUGUGGUUGCGGAGGUUGUGAAUCAAGUUAAACCUGAGGAAAUUGUUGGAGUUGCUGGUCAGCUGUCCGACGCUGAAUCUAUGAUGGCACUAAAAGAUUUCUUGAACAAAAUGGGGUCGAAUAAUGUGUGGUGUGAAGGGAACGGCAUGCAUCCUCAAGCCGAUUUCCGUUCAAGUUACCUUUUGAAUACUACUAUUGCAGGUCUCGAGAAGGCAGAUGUUUUCCUUUUGAUUGGUACCCAGCCAAGAGUGGAAGCUCCUAUGGUGAAUGCGAGAAUCCACAAGACAGUUCGUGCAACCAAAGCGAAGGUUGCCUACAUCGGCCCUCCAACUGAUUUCAACUAUGACCACCAGCAUCUUGGCACGGGCCCACAAACCUUACUAGAGAUUGCAGAGGGUCGCCACCCUUUAUGUUCGGCCCUCUCAGCUGCGAAAAACCCAGCCAUCAUUGUUGGCGCUGGAAUCUUUGAACGCAAGGACAAAGAUGCCAUCUUUGCAGCCGUUGAGACCAUAGCCAAGCAAGGAAAUGUUGUGAGGCCUGACUGGAAUGGCCUCAACGUCCUUCUUCUCAAUGCUGCCCAAGCGGCCUCCCUUGACCUUGGCCUUGUGCCUGAAUCUCCCAACAGCAUCGAGUCUGCCAAGUUCUUAUAUCUCAUGGGUGCUGAUGACACAGACUUGGAAAAGCUGCCUGGUGAUGCAUUUGUGGUCUAUCAAGGACACCAUGGUGACCGUGGCGUCUACCGUGCCAACGUCAUAUUCCCUGCGUCAGCCUUCAGCGAGAAAGAAGGAACCUACGUGAACACGGAAGGGUGCACCCAACGGUCAAUGCCGGCCGUUCCUACUGUUGGUGAUGCAAGGGAUGACUGGAAGAUAAUCCGGGCCCUAUCAGAGGUGGCCGGGAUCCGUCUGCCCUAUGACACCCUUGGGGCUGUUCGGGCCCGCAUCCGGCAAGUAGCGCCGAACCUAUUGCACACAGAUGAGAGGGAGCCAGCUACCAUUUCCUUGGAACUGAAGCCAGAGGUCUCCCAAAAGAUCAGCACAGAGGCCUUUGGCACUGCAGUGGAGAAUUUCUACAUGACGGAUUCGAUCACUCGGGCAUCGAAGAUAAUGGCGCAGUGCAGCGCGUCCUUGUCCAAGAAUAAGUGAGUGCCUGCGGCUGCCAUUCACCAAAAUAAGAUUGAAUUUUAUUCAAUCUUAGAAGACCUAAUUGUGAAAAACAAAAAGAAUCAACCAUAUUUGGAGAUGCUUGUGCUUAUUUAAAAGCGGUAAGCUUGAAUUCCAGGCAGCAAUUGUCAUUUGGGGUAUUUGUUUGUUUUUGUAGGAAUUGUACUUGAAUGGCUGUUUUGGGAUAUUUUUGUGAAUUUUUCAGAUGUUGAGAUGGAGAUAUUUCUAUCCUUCAUUACUCAAAUAAAUCCCGUUCUCUUUCCUACUGUAA